AGUGACGUCACUGCCGGUGCGCCGCGUUUCCGUCUUUCUGGAGGUCAGAGGAAGCCGGCAGCGUGUUAUCGGCAUGGUAGGAAAGAAACGUUGAGGUGAGCAUCUUUCUGCUCUAUGGGUUAUGUUACUUUGAACUGAAAAGCCGAGAAAGAUGGCAGCUCGCUUGGUUCAACGUUACUCCCGCCUGCUCGGAGCCUCGGCAUCGGUUGUCUUGGCGCCAUGUGGUCACGCUCCUGAGUGUUUGAAAGUUUGUCAUCUGACUCAGCCACUGCUACUGCGUAACACCCUCCAUACAUCCUCUCUGUGUAGACAUUCAGACAAACUCCUAACCAAAGAACAGAACUUAAACACCCCCCCGGUGCUUACAGAGUUUGAUUCUGACCUUCUAGCUGCCUCUGGGUUGGAGGAACUCUUACAGCUCAGCAAAGAUCACAAUGUAAACAGCAACCAGGCAGCUCAGAUCAUUUCCCGGAUCUCCAGAACGGUGACAGAGACUAAAUCUGACCCAGAAACGGUCCUGCAGGACAAACGGUUCCAGCAGCUCCUUCUGAUCAUGCACAGCCAGAUUUCCACCGUUUGGAAUGGUAAUUUAAUUCGUCUCCUAAAGAGCCUACAUGCGUUGGGGUUAAAUGAGACCAAACCACUUAAGUCCGUGGAGACGGAGGUCUGGUGGCGAUUGCGCAGACUUGGCUUCAAGAUGCUGGUUCAGCUGGUGGAUUUUUACAGCUCGUUACCGCGCACCAAAGAACGUAAGGAACUGAUUGGGGAUCUGAUUAAGAACUUGGAGUUACGAUGGACGGAGAUCGAGGAUGUGAGAACCGUAGUGACUCUGAUUACCAGGGUGGGGUAUAUCUCGAGCAGUUUUAUGGACAGACUCGAGGACAAGGCUUUGGAACUAGCUGAACAUUUUACUCCUGAGGACAUCCGUAAGGUAAUGCUCUCUUUGGCAGCGCAGAACCGUCGCUCAGUGUCCUUACUGCGGGCACUUUCCUACCACUUAGUGCAGAAACACGUGGCUCUCAGUCCCGCCAUCUUGGUUGACCUGGCAUUUGCUUACGGAAAGCUGAAUUUCCACCAGACGCAGGUUUUCCAGAAGAUCGCAUGUGACCUUCUCCCUUUAGUGCCGGAAGUGAGUGCGCAUGACAUAUCUCACUGUGUGAGGUCAUUCGCCUACCUCAAAUGGUCAAACAUGCCGCUGUUUGAAGCUUUUGCGCAGGCCAGCAUUGAUGGUACUGACAAGUUUACCGUGAAUCAGCUCUGUAACAUCAUCCUCGCGUUUGGCAGAUUGAACUUUCAGCCCAGCAACAAAGAGGAAUUCUACAGCAUGAUUCAUCAACGGCUCCGUGGGGGACUGGAAAUGCUGGACCCGUAUCUGCUGGUGGACAUUGUGUGGUCGCUGUGUGUCCUGCAGCAGGCCAGUGGGUUCUAUAUACAGAGGGUCCUGGAGCCAGGGUUUAGAGAGAAAAUGUUUGCGGACAGUUCCCCCAAAUCUUCCAACUACAAACAGAAACUCACCCAUAUAAACGCCACAGCGCUUCUCGAGGUUCCGGAUUACGGGGGGUCUCGGCUCCAGCCGCAGGAGAUCCUCUCUGUUUCAGCUGCUAUGGGCGACCGGAAAUUGACACCUCUGCAGACUGGGUUGAAAAACGUGCUGUCUAACCUGUUUUCUGUGGAGGGGACCUGCCGAUAUGGUGUACAAACGAAGUACGGCUGGCCAAUUGAUGGAGAAGUUGUCCUGGACUCUGAGAACAAUCCCUUAUCACUACAGGAUCUGACAGCACCACAUCUUCUGCACCCGCCAGGGACCGUGCCAUUACCGCAGGGAGCCAGGAGGUUUGCCUUUGUGAGCUGGGAAUUCCCCAAUUUUAACUCUCGGAGUAAGGACCUUCUUGGCCGCUUCGCCAUGACCAGGCGGCAUCUCCAGGCUGCUGGGUUUUUGGUGGUUGAGGUGCCGUAUUAUGAGUGGUUCGAUCUGAAGUCAGAGUGGCAGAAAUCCGCCUAUCUGAAGGACAAGAUUAAUAAAGCUGUGGCCGAAGAGAUGGCCAGAUGAAGGUGUCCACAAGGAUCUCCCUGAUCUAAGGCUACAAGUCAUUCUGUUACGCCGAGUGGACAGAAUGCGUGUAUAUAAAUGUAUCCUGUACAGAGCCGCUUGUUAUAUUGCACACUGGAACCUCGCUGCACUGAGCAUUGUGACAGUUUAAGGGUUCAUGUUUUAGGUUUCUUUAUUUUAACUAAGUUUCUGUUCCUUUGUGGGAACCAUUGGUUAUAUUAUAACCGGAAGAAGAAUAACAAUAUGUGCAGAACAAUAAACCGUAAUUGGUAACUGUGAUAA